AUGGAAACUAAAACCAUGGCCGACAAGAGCGUCAUUGUGAUCAGCGACGAUGAAACAGACACAGGGAUUGAGUCCCCAGGAGCCGAUUGCAAAAACUCCUCUGUCCUGCUAUUGGAAGAGAAUUCUGACUUUGGCUCUGUCUCAGAUGAAAACAGAUCGGAUGAAAUGGUUGAUGCCGAGUUUGGACUGUCUAUCACUUACUCCAGAAAAGCAGAAGUGAUGCCCCAUGCCAGAUAUGACUGCACGAGCCACGUUUUCUGUCAAUCAGAGAAUCAGACAAGCAGACCUGUGGGAACAAACAGUGAUUUCUGUGAGCAGUGUUACUGCUACAUCUGUGACAAACUGGCUUCCGAGUGCCAGUCCUGGAUUACCCCUUCUUUUUGCCACUGCAAUGCUCACAAAAGAAGCCCGUUCUGGAAAUCGUGGCGAGAUAAAGCUUUGAUCGGAGCCCUUAUUGUGUUUAAGUUUGACCUGCUAGAGAUAGACGCAGACCUACGGCACGCUGAAAGCCUCUUGAUGAAGUUUGACGCAGAUUUAACCGUUGAGCAUGAUAAGUUCAUGAUGGGGACCGUGUCCAGUCUUGCAGCCAUUUAUUCUUGCUCAUGCUGCUGUCACAACCAGUACCAAACUAUGGUCAACUGCAAGAGGUGCAGUUCAAAACAUGAAGCUAUAUUGAUAUACAAUUAUUCGAAUGUCUAUCAGCUAGUGUUAGAGUUCCUGGAAAAAGCAAAUGGAGAGAAACCCAAAACCUUUGCAGUUGUGUUGUUGGGAGCAGCCCAGCGAAUUUUACUCCAUAAGCAGCCGUUGGGUCAUAGUAUGCCAAACACCAGAGUUGUUCCAGAAGCAGUUCCUUUACUGCUACAAAGGAUUAUAGAAAUUCUCCAGAGGUUGCUGGUUGUCUCUGACUUUCCUUCUUCGUUCUCAAAAAAGCUCAUUGACUUUUACAAGUCUCUGUUCCUUCCCCCCUACUGCCGCUGCUUUUUAAACUGUUUGAAUGUCUACCUCUGGGAGGACUCUUUGCUGGUGUCUGUGUUGAGAGGCCAGAACAUCACUGGAGAGAGAGUUGUGAAGGGAAAGAAGGAGGUCCUGUUUGAGUCCAUACACGUGGUUCUCGCACGAACCGAGAAACUAAGGGAGCAAAACAAAUACAGAGAGCUGGCUCGUUACCUCAAGGUAGUGAGAACCAAUAACAGAGCUGAAUUGCAGAGGCUCAAAGACCUGAUCCCGUUCUUCAUGUGCAAGCACGGUGAUUUCACCUCGGCUGGGCACCACUUGUUUCAUUCACACGACGUGAGCUGCUGCACCGCCUGUCGCCUGACCCCCAGACAGUUUACCAUGUACCUGAAAAUCCUGAGAACUGGACAGGUACCAGUUGGGAAUGAGCCCUUCUAUUCAGGCGUAUGGGAGACCCCCACGGGUCAUGUCCCUGUGAAGAAGAGCGAUGUCAUAAAAGUAGGACUCCGAAUCUUGAAUUGCAAUGCACAAUUGUAUAUGAAUCCAGACAGCUGGGCAGAUCUAAUCCAGGCUUCCUGCAGUGACUCAAAGCUGGCACGGGAUGGAAGUUUCAUCUGUGUGACUUGGAAAGAACCAGAAGAGGAAUUUCAGCAGAGAAUUAGAGAAACCGCAGACCUGGUCUUGAAGGAGUUGGAGACGAAGCAGAUCAUCAUUCUACCAAAACAGUUUUACAGCAAUCAUUUCCCAGAUGAAGCCAUGCUGAUGCUUGUCACUCAAGCACUGGUUCAAAGGCUGAUUCAUGCUCACAUGUGCACAGUCCUGAACAUUGCCAUGGCGUUUAGGCGGAACAUGUGGGCACUGAAAUACCUGUUCAAAAGUCUCAGUGUCAGACACGAUGUCCUGCAUGCAUUUCUUGAUUGCCUUAUCAAAGACCUGAAUGAGAAAAAUAACACGUUGCUUAUCAGGACCUUGCCGCAGUCCGAUGCAGAGCACAUCGGUCACUUCAUCUUUUUCCUAAUUUCGUACGAGCACGCCGUGUUAAGGCCUGUUGCACACAGGAUUGUAGAUUUUCUGCUGGAACACUGGAAUGAUUUUCAAAAUUGCCCAUGGCAGCGGAAUCUUGCCACACUUCUUCAAAACCAGGAUGCUACAUGUUGGAACACUUCAAACAGUUUCCUGCAGCUGAAGAACAAACUGAGAAUAGUGUGAUCAUGUAUCAGACCAGGUUCCUGGACCAUCCUGUCUUUACUGGACAAUAGCGCACUGCUCAAAACUCCACCCCAAGCAUCUGAAACUCUAAACUGGUAGCACAGAGUAGCAGGGCUUUCUCUCUUUUUUUCUUUUCACCACUGUACCUCUGUUUGCCACAUUACUUUGACUUUUUUGAAAGUGAAAGUGUUACUGGAAGUAUAAAGGUAAAGAUUAAUUUAAGCUUCAUUGGAUCUAUGGAGCUUACGUUUCCAAAACCAAAAGGAAAGAGUUUGAAAAAAAAAAAAAAAAAAUUUUUUAAAAGCCAUUUAAAGUUUUCUUUUAAUGCGGAAACAUUAUACUGUGAAAAAUACUUGAAUGCUUAAAGUUAGACAUGUGUAGAACUUUUAACAAUGUUAAAGAAAUGGAUUGGAACCAUU